AUGACAAGAGACCGUUUCUAUGAACUGAGAAAUUAUAUGCAUUUUGUGGAUAACACAAGUGAGCACAACGAGAAGCUUUGGAAGGUAAAACCUUUUCUUGAUUGUGUGCAGAAGAAGUGUCUGACCCUUCCAAGAUCACAUCAUCUUUCCAUUGACGAACAGGUGGUGCCAUUUUCUGGUAAAUGUGGCUUUGUGAGUUACGUACCAUCAAAACCUAAUCCAUUAGGUUUAAAAUGCUUCAUUCUGGCUGCACCUGAUGGCCUUGUGCUAGACUUCAUGUUUUAUACUGGGUCAGGUACUGUGUCAGCUGAAGAUAUGAAAGAAUAUGGUCUCGUUGCAGCAGUUGUUAAGAUGAUGACAGAAAGUGUUCCUAGAGACAACCAGCAUUGGGUAUACACUGAUAGAUUUUUCACAAGUAUAAAAUCUGUAGACAUGUUGCUGGGAAGGAAAAUUUAUCAGACAGGUACAGUUAUGAAGAACAGAUUAGGUCCAAUAGUGAAGAAAUUGAAAAAUGACAGGCUAUUUCAACAGGGGGAAUGGGAAGGAUGGGUUAGGGAAGAUGAUAAAAUUUGUCUUAUUAAGUGGAAAGACAAUAAAAGUGUCCUAAUACUCUCAUCAUGUGUUGGAAGGAGCCCUCCAACCACAUGUAAGACGUGGUCAAGAGAACAGAAAAAGAAGAUAUAUGUUCCUCAGCCAGUGGCAGUGAAGCUUUACAAUGAAAACAUGGGAGGUGUUGAUCUCUGUGAUAGAUUUUUGUCAUAUUACAGAUGCUACAUUCGCACAUCAAAAUGGCCUGUAAGAAUGUUUAAUCAUUUUAUAGAUCUUGUGAUUGUCAAUUGUUGGGUGAUGUAG